AUGCUGGAGGAGGCGGACUCUGACGCGGAGAUAGCUUUCGUGGCCGAAAUUAACGAGGCCGCGGCGGCGCGCGCGGCCGCGCUGCCGGCGCCCCCUGCGGCGGCCGCGGCAGGGGAGGCCGCGGAGGGGCGCAAGCGCAAGGCGCCGGAGACGGCCGACGCGGCAGGGGGUGUGCAGAAGGCGGCAAAGUCGGCGCCGGCGGCGGAGGAGGGCGGGGACAGGGAGGCGGCGGCAGCAAGUGCGGAUGCGGGGGAGGGCGGCGGCGACGCCCAGAUGGCGGAAGGCGGACAGGCGCAGCAGCAGGAGGGCGGCGAGGAGGAGCAGCAGCCGGCAGCAAAGGAGGAGCACGAACCCGGCUGCCUGCUGUCGGUGCAUUGGGAGUCGGCGCCGGAGGGCGCCACUGGCUUCAAGCUGCGGGGGGCGAUGGGGCACCGGGACGCUCAGGUGCGCUUCGUGGAGUACGACACAGGCGCCACGUCAGCGAUCGUGCGGUUCGAGACGGCGGCGGCGGCAAAGGCAGCGCUGGAGGCGUUCCAGGCCAAGCCGGAGGAGGAGCAGCACCUAGUGGGCGGCAAGGCCACGCUCCAACUAGUGGAGGGCGACGCCGAGAAGGAGUACUACUCACGCGCAGACAAGGCGGCCCGCGACAAGGCGGCAAAGGGCGGCGGCGGCGGCCGCGGCGGCGGGCGCGGGCGUGGAUGA